UGCGGGGUUCUCCGCAGCACCGCCGGUCCCCCGCCCCCCGCGCCGCAGCCCGGGCCAGCGGGGCCCGCAGCGGUGGCGUUCGCGGGCGCUGCCGCAUUGGCCGUUGCGGCACGAACGGCGCAGCCUCCGCGGCUGUGGGGCACGGGCGCCGGCGGGCCGGGCCAGUCCGCAGCCCAGAGAGUCGCCGGCUCUCCCAUGGCCCUCGCGCCGCGGCCCCUGUGCCCAGCCCUGCGCCCAGCCCUGCGCUCAGCCUCCUCUGCUCACCCCGGGCGGCCGAGCCCGCGACACGGGCGCGAUGCUGAACAGCGCAGGCCUGGACAAGGCUCUUAAGAUGUCCCUGCAGCGAAGGGCGAGGAUCGGCUCCUCAGUGGGACCUGUUCGUUCUUCUGCGGGCUAUAAGAAGGCAGAGGAUGAGAUGUCCCGGACCACGUCUGUUGGAGAUCAGCUGGAGGCGUCGGCCCGCACCAUUUACCUCAACCAACCGCAUCUCAACAAAUUCCGCGACAACCACAUCAGUACAGCCAAGUACAGCGUGUUGACAUUUCUACCUCGAUUCCUGUAUGAGCAGAUUAGAAGAGCUGCUAAUGCCUUCUUCCUCUUCAUUGCCUUAUUGCAGCAAAUUCCAGAUGUAUCUCCAACAGGAAGAUAUACAACCCUGGUGCCAUUUAUCAUUAUUUUAACAAUUGCAGGCAUCAAAGAGAUUGUAGAAGAUUUCAAGCGACACAAGGCAGACAAUGCAGUUAACAAAAAGAAAACAAUAGUGUUAAGAAAUGGUAUGUGGCAUACCAUUAUGUGGAAAGAGGUGGCAGUGGGAGACAUCGUGAAGGUCCUCAAUGGACAGUAUCUUCCAGCAGACAUGGUCCUGUUCUCCUCCAGUGAACCUCAGGCAAUGUGUUAUGUCGAAACAGCUAAUCUAGAUGGGGAGACGAACCUUAAAAUACGUCAGGGUUUGACUCAAACUGCUGACAUGAAGACAAGGGAGGUGUUGAUGAAAUUGACGGGAACCAUAGAAUGUGAGGGGCCUAAUCGUCACCUCUAUGACUUCACUGGAAACUUGCACUUAGAUGGGCAAAGCCCUGUUGCCCUUGGGCCUGACCAGAUCUUAUUAAGAGGUACACAACUUAGAAAUACUCAGUGGGUCUUUGGCGUAGUUGUUUAUACCGGACACGACACCAAACUCAUGCAGAAUUCCACCAAAGCACCUCUCAAGAGAUCAAAUGUUGAGAAAGUAACCAAUGUGCAGAUCCUGGUGUUGUUUGGCAUCCUCUUGGUCAUGGCCUUGGUGAGCUCAGUGGGGGCCCUGUACUGGAACGGGUCUCAUGGUGCAAAGAAUUGGUACAUCAAGAAGAUGGACUCAACCUCGGAUAAUUUUGGAUAUAACCUAUUGACGUUCAUCAUCUUAUACAACAAUCUAAUUCCCAUCAGUCUGCUGGUGACUCUUGAGGUUGUAAAAUAUACACAAGCCCUUUUUAUAAACUGGGAUAUAGAUAUGUAUUAUGUAGGAAAUGAUACUCCUGCAAUGGCCAGGACAUCAAACCUUAAUGAAGAGCUUGGGCAGGUAAAAUAUCUUUUCUCUGAUAAGACUGGAACUCUUACAUGUAAUAUUAUGAACUUCAAGAAGUGUAGCAUUGCUGGAAUAACCUACGGUCAUUUUCCAGAAUUGACAAGAGAGCCAUCCUCAGAUGAUUUCUGUCGGAUACCCCCAACCCCUAGUGAUUCAUGUGAUUUUAAUGAUCCCAGGCUGUUGAAGAACAUUGAAGAUAACCAUCCCACAGCCCCUUGUAUACAGGAGUUCCUCACCCUGCUGGCUGUUUGCCACACUGUUGUUCCUGAGAAGGAUGGAGACGAAAUCAUCUAUCAGGCCUCUUCCCCAGAUGAAGCUGCUUUGGUGAAAGGAGCUAAGAAGCUGGGCUUUGUCUUCACAGCCAGAACCCCAUACUCAGUCAUCAUAGAAGCGAUGGGAGAGGAACAGACAUUUGAAAUCCUUCACGUCCUAGAAUUUUCCAGUGAGAGAAAAAGAAUGUCUGUAAUUGUCCGAACUCCAUCAGGACAACUUCGACUCUACUGUAAAGGGGCUGAUAAUGUCAUUUUGGAAAGACUUUCAAAAGACUCAAAAUACAUGGAAGAAACAUUAUGCCAUCUGGAAUAUUUUGCCACAGAAGGCUUGCGGACUCUCUGUGUGGCCUAUGCUGAUCUCUCUGAGGAUGAUUAUCAGGAGUGGCUGAAAGACUAUAAGGAAGCCAGCAUCAUAUUGAAAGAUAGAACUCAGCGGUUAGAAGAGUGUUACGAGAUCAUUGAGAAGGAUUUAUUGUUGCUUGGAGCCACAGCCAUAGAAGAUCGUCUUCAAGCUGGGGUUCCAGAGACCAUAGCAACUCUGUUGAAGGCAGAUAUUAAAAUAUGGGUGUUGACAGGAGACAAACAGGAAACUGCAAUUAAUAUAGGCUAUUCCUGCCGAUUGGUGUCACAGAAUAUGGCCCUUAUCCUAUUGAAGGAGGACUCUUUGGAUGCCACACGGGCAGCCAUCACCCAACAUUGCACAGACCUUGGAGAUUUGCUGGGCAAGGAAAAUGAUGUGGCUCUCAUCAUCGAUGGCCAUACCCUGAAGUAUGCCCUCUCCUUCGAAGUCCAGAGAAGCUUCCUCGAUUUGGCGCUGUCUUGUAAAGCAGUCAUAUGCUGCAGAGUAUCUCCUCUGCAGAAGUCUGAGAUAGUGGAAGUGGUGAAGAAGCGGGUGAAGGCCAUCACCCUGGCCAUAGGAGAUGGUGCUAAUGAUGUUGGGAUGAUACAGACAGCCCACGUGGGUGUGGGGAUCAGUGGCAACGAGGGCAUGCAGGCCACCAACAACUCAGAUUACGCUAUUGCACAGUUUUCCUACUUGGAGAAGCUGCUGCUUGUACAUGGAGCCUGGAGCUAUAUCCGGGUGACCAAGUGCAUAUUAUACUGCUUCUACAAGAAUGUGGUCCUCUACAUCAUUGAGCUUUGGUUCGCCUUUGUUAAUGGAUUUUCUGGACAGAUUUUAUUUGAACGUUGGUGCAUCGGCUUGUACAAUGUGAUUUUCACCGCGUUGCCGCCCUUCACUCUGGGAAUCUUUGAGAGGUCUUGCAGUCAGGAGAGUAUGCUCAGGUUUCCACAGCUCUACAAAAUCACCCAGAACGCUGAAGGCUUCAACACAAAGGUUUUCUGGGGUCACUGCAUCAAUGCCUUGGUCCACUCCCUCAUCCUCUUCUGGCUUCCCAUGAAAGCACUGGAUCACGAUACUCCGUUUGGCAAUGGUCAUGCCACAGACUAUUUAUUUGUUGGAAAUAUUGUUUACACGUACGUUGUGGUUACAGUAUGUCUGAAAGCUGGUUUGGAGACUACAGCUUGGACUAAAUUCAGUCACCUGGCUGUGUGGGGGAGCAUGGUGAUCUGGCUGUUGUUUUUUGGCAUCUACUCAACCCUCUGGCCCACCAUCCCCAUUGCUCCGGACAUGAGAGGGCAGGCAGCUAUGGUCCUGAGUUCUGCAUACUUCUGGUUGGGAUUAUUUCUGGUUCCUACUGCAUGUUUGAUCGAAGAUGUGGCGUGGAGAGCGGCCAAGCAUACCUACAAAAAGACAUUGCUGGAGGAGGUACAGGAGCUGGAAACCAAGACCAGAGUGAUGGGAAAAGCGAUGCUGCGGGAUGCUAAUGGAAAGAGGAUGAACGAGCGCGACCGCCUGAUAAAGAGACUCGGCAGGAAGACACCCCCAACCCUCUUCCGCGGUGGCUCUGUGACCCAGCAGUGUGUCUCACAUGGGUAUGCCUUUUCUCAAGAAGAGCAUGGAGCUGUUACUCAGGAAGAAAUAGUUCGUUCUUAUGAUACCACCAAAAGGAAACAGAGGAAGAAAUAAGAUACAAGUUUCUCAUGAUUGAGCCGAGGGAAAAGAUGUGGUUUGUUGCACCAGUGUUAACACAUCUUUGUUAGAAGAGACUGGCAUCAGCAGCCAAUUCACCAGAAAACACAUUUCUGUGGCCUUAGCCAACCAGUUUGUUAGUUGUAUAUUCCCUCGCAAAUCUGGAGUAUAGACCGCAGGGGAAGCCAUUUUUUCCCUCCCAAUUUGUCUGCAGUGCUUGGCCUAACUUCUGUUUACGUUGUUAUAAAGCAUUCAACUGUGCUCCGUGAGGUGUGAAAUUAAAAACAUUAUGUUCCACCAAUAUUUAAACAUCAGUACUAGUUGUUCUGGGAGGAAGGGAAAGGAGUUUUAUGUUGCGUGAGAGACCCAUCUUUGUAAUUGGAACAGGGCGCCCUUACUUCCUGUUUGGUUAAUCCAACGUGGGCAGCAUGCAAACUUCACUUUAUGCAAGUUGCUCACCUGCUUUCAUUCCUAUUUUGUUUGUAUGAAGUUGGCAUAAACUUCUUGAUUGCAAUGAAAUCAUAAAAGUCUUUAUCUGGGAGGUAAACUUGAGAACAUUUAUUUGGACCUUCUAGCCACAUUCCCAGCAGAGUGAUACAGUCAGUGUGCCGUGGAUUCUUUUGCAUCCUUUCCAGGUGCCAGCUGACUGAUCCUACUAUUGCUGUCCAGGUGUCCCUUAUCCUCAGGCCUUCUGCGUGGCUGGCCACUGGGCUUGGUGCAUGGCAGCUGGUAGGCAGCCGACCCUAAUCUGUAAUUUUCCUUGUUCCACUGCAGAUUCAGACUUCCUGUUCAGACUUUUUGUUCUAUAACUAAACAAAAACAUAGCUAUUCUGAAUAUAUCUUAGAUUUUUAUCUGCCUCUUUCUGACAAGGGGAUCCCACAAAUCAGGAUAAUGGUAGAACCCCUUGCCCUGGUCAGCCUCUGAAUAUUCAUUUCCUAAUUUCCAACCACCAAGACUUUGGCAACUGCUUCAAUUACAAUCAAUGCUUGUUUCCUUGGAAGUUCAGAGCACACUUUAGACUCACUGUUGGGAAACAAAUAAGAUGUCUGUACAGCGAAGGAACACACCUCUCAUUCUGUAGCUAUAGAAUCAGAGAAUUCACAAACCCAGAGGGACAGUAUAGGACAGUAAAGGAGAGUAGUAAGGAAGACCACAGAUGUUCUCAGAAGGUGGUGAAGGGCAUACCAAUGUUGGGGGCAGACACAGAGGACAUUUCCACCAGAUCUCUUCAGUAGGAACUCCACAGUCACAUCCUGAGUCACAUCCCUACAGUUGUCAGGAUCAGCCUCCCAUAUAUGGGAGCUGAAGCAAGACCUUACCAUGCAGUUUAAUUAAAGGAAUUCCAAACAUUUUAAUUAAAUAUCUGUAUUUAAAAUAUUGACAUGAUUUCCUUUCUUUAUCCAAUUACUUUUAGACACAGGGGCCUUCCUGAAUACAGUGCCCUGAAUUCUAAGACAAGGAAUGGAAGACCCAGUCACUGACUCCAGUUUCACAUUCUGAACUGGCAUGAGAUCUGGGUACCUCCAAGUAUGUGUCUAAGAACCUGGAGCCCUCAAUAAAUGACCAGCCUGGAGGCAUGUUCUCUCCUCUUUACUUUGGUUGCCAAACCAGAUUUUAGGUUGGCUUAAAGUAAAUACUUCUGGGUAGAUAUUACUGAUUAAAAUGACACUAUUCCUCUGGGGAUGGUUGUACUAACAGAAAAUAAAACAACAGUGCACUUUGUUUCCUCUUUAUUAUUGGAACAUCCACAAUUAGCAUUGAAAAAACUUAGAAUAUAAUUUGCAUUGAUUAAGAAAACUAAUUCUCCUUUAUGCAAUGACCAGAAUUCAGAGAGGGUUUAAGAAGUAAUGAUGCAUUUAACAGGGGAGACUCAGAAAGUUACCAUUCCUUACUCCCUAAGGUGAAAAAAACAUUUUUAAUUACUAGAGCACCCAGCAAUAUGAAUCUCUCAAGGACUGACAUGCAGGAAUGAUAGCAGGAAAUGUGCUUCCAAUUAGCACAACAAACCAGGUGUAUGUCUUUAUUGCACACCCAAAAAGAUGGUAACCAAAAUACAGAAGAGGAAGGAAAGUUGGAAUUGAAUGUGUACUAGGCAUCUUCACUAUUUGAUUUCAUGUGGGAGCCAAAACUAUUUGAAAAGGUUGAAUUAAAACUCAAUUCUUUGUCAAACCCUUAGCCCUUUCUUGAACUUGAAGUCUUGUUUGUGUUUAUGGGAUUUGGGGUUUUUUUAUUUAAUUUUUUUACAUUAAAGUACAGUCGAAUUUUCUGGGAUUGAAGUAAAGUCGCAUAUCCUCCUUUUUUGAGAAGUAGACUAAACAAUCUUUGCAAUAAUGAGGUAUGCACACGGAAGAAAACAUUUCUAGAAGGGAUGCCUUUCUAUUUAUUCUCUCAUGUGAUUAAGCUUUCUUACAGUCAAAUGACUAAAUUGGGUUUCUAGGCAGGGCAGCUGUCAAGAGGUGUGAUGUAUAAUAUUUAGCUGGGGCCAACUCAGGGGCUGUGUCAUUUGCUCUAUCUUUAAAUUGAGGUCAGAGUGUCACACACAACUCCUCCCCAGGGAGCCGAGUGAGCUGGACAAGCUUGCAUAUGCUGCCUGUCAGCUCAGUGGAAAUGUCACAUGGGACUUGUCACUCUGCCACACAGUAAGUGACUCCCAGACUAGCAGGUCAAACUUGGUCAGCACCCUAGGGCCUUAGGCAGAACUGGCAGAACCCACUCAGGUCAACCCCUGCACUAGUGCUAUACACAGUGGCUCUUAUUUGAGGCUAUGUCCUGUUCUGGCUAACUCUGCAAACAGGCGAGACCAGCCAUCCUCUAAACGGAGUUCUUGGUUCCACUGCCUGGGCACACACCUGCAACAGUGGCCGUAGAGGGCACACACCUGCAACAGUGGCCGUAGAAAACACACCUGUAAAGGGGAGAACAAAAUGAACCACCUAGCUCCGCUUGAUUUUCCGGAUUGGCACAGCACAACUGAUGGAAUAGGCUUUGUAAUAAGUUGAGGAAUGUAGUGAAUGUGUCUCUCCUGUCUCAGUGCAGAGUAUUCCAGACUUCUUGACCAGUAUUAUUUUCUCCUAUCUUCCUAAGUUUUAUGUGCACAUACUAAAACAAAAAUGUGAUGACUCUUUUGGAUCAGUACCAUACAACACCUGUGCUUUGGAAGAAGGGGAUAGUGAACAUCUGUAGAGAAAUAUCCUAAAAAGUGAGACUGUGGUUCAGCAGAGCUCAACUGAGAACUCUUGACAUUUCCUUUUUCUUGACAAGGAUUCAGGUCUGCCACAGGAAGGUGGCAGUGAAAAUGAGUAAUAACUUUUUAAGAAGCAGUGUAUGAUGGGGAAAAAAGUGAAUCUAGGUAAUUAAUGUCUGAAAAUGCAUACAGACAUACAGAUUACAGGCUUUAAGAUUUAAUUUUCUUAAAAAGAAAGUUAUACUCUAUAAUCUCCAUUUGUUAUAACAGUGACCCCCUCCCCCCUUUUCUUAACCAUAAGGGUGAGAAUUUCUAUCAGUUGUCCAUGUUCCUAGGAAUUUAUCUUAAACCACAAACUGAAUAGAAUGUUUGCAAAACUGUGCUGUAGGAUAAGGUAGUCUUUAGUUUUGAACACAUGAAAGGACUACACACAUUUCAGCCAGGGUUUGAAUCACUGCCUAGGGUCAUUGUCCCAAAGUAAUUCAAGGAAUGAUUUAGCUUCAGCAUUUGAAAUGUAGCCUUCAUCUCCUGGGAUCCAUAAAAUAUGUGAGCAGGGAAACCAGCUAAGCAGUGCCUGAAAUAAUAACUUGGCAAAGAAAUGAGUUUAUCAGGUCAAGUCAAAAGGCAGCAUCCCCUCCCAUCUCAUAAAUACUUUCUUCAUGCAAAUGCUUAAAUUAGUGAACAUGAUAACAAUGGGAAGAGUUAAAAAAGUCUCCUCCCCUCCAAAAAAAGAAACUGUACAUCAGUCAGCUUUGUUGGUGAUUCUUCAUGGGCUCAAGGUAGUUAUCAUUAACUCAUGCUAGCCAUUUCUCACCUUGAAGGACAUAGAUAGCAGCUAGAUGGGCUUCCUAUUAAGUACUCUUAAAAGAAAUAGGAACAUUCAGUUUGGUGUAUUGUAUUCUUCAUUUAUUCAUUUUUUUCCCCUGAGCAUCCCAAGUUGUUCAGCAGUACACAUUUCCAUUCCACUUCACCUUACAGGAGCUUUAUUGGAUAUCAAACUUCUCAUUAGUGCUCUAUUCAAAGCGCUCAGUUUUCUUGGUAUGAGGGAUUUCUUGAGUGGGAAGAAAAGGGUAUGAAACCAACAUAAAUCUAAGUGAUCAGACAUUACAAACAAAUGGAAGCAGAAAAGAGAGGUGAGCUCACCAGUUACCCAACCCCACGUAUGAUCCACAACCAUUAACCUUAGAUGAACACUCUGCUUUCCCAAUGGAAGGGAGACAAAAGGGUGAUUCUUUUUACACACCAGGCUGGCUCAGUUUUAAAUGACAAUCUCUCGAUCUAGCUGCCUCUGAGAUACCUACUCUGCUCUUUCUCCCAGGCGUCAGACCAAGAAAAACAUGCUCCAAGAUUAGCCCAUAGGCGUUUCUUCUGACCUAGCUAAAGAAAGAAAGGAGACCUGUUUGUUUUAAAAGUCAGGAACAAAGUGUCAGGUGGCUGUGAUUUAUGGCAGAAAUAGGAAGAAGAAAGUUGAAAUAAUAGCACUAUCCAAAUAAUCCUGCCCAGGAAACUCAGGGGUCAAGAGGGCUUAUCAAGAGCCUUGUUUAGGUAAGCUCUUCGCUGCAAAAGUGAAAAAGGCUGGAAGGUUCUCGGACCCACUUGCCAUAUAGGAUUGGAUCCACUUGUGUUCUUAAGAAGUUUGGUAUGCGGAUACAGGUGAAACACUAAGCACCAAUAUAAAACAAACCUACUCAGUAAUGGAGUUUCUUUCUUUCCAACAAGAUGCCUGUGCCACAUCCCUUAUAGAUAAAAUUAUUAUUCAUCAACUGAAAAAAAAAAAAAAAAACAGAAAAGAAAAAGAAAAA